GUGAAUGUAGUGCUAAGUUCAGCCACCUUCAGUCCUUCAGUCUCGUUCGUUCCCGCUAAAGACUUGCUCCAAACCAAAACCAAUCACACAAACACGAUACAAAUACAAAGAAAGCAACCUCUCUCUCUGACUCUCUAUCUCUCUCUCUCUAAUUUGAUUAGAAUCUGCAACUUCGCAACAGCAACAGCGCCGGCCAUGGAUGAAGAGUAUGAUGUUAUCGUUCUUGGGACUGGGCUCAAGGAAUGCAUUCUCAGUGGUCUUCUCUCUGUUGAUGGCCUCAAAGUAUUGCAUAUGGAUCGAAAUGACUAUUAUGGAGGCGAAUCAAGUUCUCUGAAUCUUACACAGCUUUGGAAGCGCUUCAGAGGAGAUGACAAGCCUCCAGAAAACCUUGGCACAAGUAGGGAGUAUAAUGUUGAUAUGAUACCCAAGUUCAUGAUGGCGAAUGGUGCCUUGGUCCGCGUUCUUAUCCACACUGAUGUCACCAAGUAUCUUAAUUUCAAGGCCGUAGAUGGUAGUUUUGUGUACAACAAAGGAAAGGUUUACAAAGUUCCAGCAACUGAUGUCGAAGCACUGAAAUCACCACUUAUGGGAUUGUUUGAGAAGCGCCGUGCACGAAAGUUCUUCAUUUAUGUCCAAGAUUAUGAAGAUAAUGAUCCAAAGUCUCACGAAGGACUGGACUUGAACAAAGUUACAGCAAGAGAGCUUAUCUCUAAAUAUGGGCUGGAAGAUAAUACAAUUGACUUUAUUGGUCAUGCCCUAGCACUUCAUAUCGACGACGAUUACUUGGAUCAGCCAGCUAUGGAUUUUGUUAAGAGAAUGAAGCUCUAUGCAGAGUCUUUAGCACGCUUCCAAGGAGGAUCGCCAUAUAUCUAUCCACUCUAUGGACUUGGGGAGCUGCCACAGGCUUUUGCACGUUUAAGUGCAGUAUAUGGCGGGACAUAUAUGCUCAACAAACCAGAAUGUAAGGUCCAAUUUGAUGAAAAUGGCAAAGCAAUUGGCGUGACCUCGGAAGGAGAAACUGCUAAAUGCAAGAAAAUUGUUUGUGAUCCAUCAUAUUUGCCUGACAAGGUUCGGAAGGUUGGAACAGUUGCUCGUGCUAUAUGUAUGAUGAGCCAUCCUAUUCCAGAGACCAAUGAUUCUCACUCAGUUCAGGUUAUUCUACCGCAGAAGCAACUUGGUCGUAAAUCCGAUAUGUACCUCUUCUGUUGCUCUUAUGCUCACAAUGUCGCUGCAAAAGGAAAAUACAUUGCUUUUGUUUCCACUGAAGCAGAGACUGACAAACCUGAGAUAGAAUUGAAGCCUGGAAUUGAUCUACUUGGACCGGUAGAUGAGAUAUUUUUCGACACUUAUGAUAGAUAUGUGCCCACGAACAACCAUGAAGCUGACAAUUGUUUCAUAUCUACUAGUUAUGAUGCAACUACUCACUUUGAGACCACCGUAGCAGAUGUGAUAGCAAUGUAUAGCAAAAUCACAGGGAAGAGUCUUGAUCUUUCUGUCGAUCUGAGUGCUGCAAGUGCUGCAACUGAAGAAUGAAGCUCAUUUACCUCUCAAAGUGUUACCAGAAGGGAAGCAUGAUCUUCUUAGAUUUUUCUCUUCUGAUUUUUCUUUAUGCCAACUUUGCAUUUCUUGUUGGAUUUCCUUUUUGGAUCUUAUCUUGAAGUUGAAGUUUUCUCUGCAUUAUAGUAUGUGCACUGGUUUUAUUAAUGGAAUGCAAAUAAAUACUUGAGUAAACUUCU